AUAAGAUUCUGCGAGAAAAGGCUUUGAGGCUAAUUCCAAGAACAAUAAACACUGGUUGUGAGAUACACUUCAGGAAAAUAUAGCUCUGUGGGAAAUACUACUAUUUCUGGUCAUGAGUGGUAAGGAAUCAAUGGACCUCAAAGGACAUCGUGGAGAUGGUAGAGGACAAGCAUAUCCUAACCUGCAUGGGGAAUUGGACUCUAAUCCCCCAAUUCCACAGCCAUGCACUGUCCAUCCAUCUCCUGGCCAUCAACAGUGGUGCUAUUGUGGCAAUAUACCCCCACACAUCCAUCCUGGUGGUAUCGUAUAUGUGCCAUAUCCCAACAUGCCUCCUACAAACAGUCAACCAAUAUCUACCCACCCUACUCUUGAUGGACAACACCCAGUGCCACAGUUCUGCUAUUGUGGCAAUAUACCCCCACACAUCCAUCCUGGUGGUAUCGUAUAUGUGCCAUAUCCCAACAUGCCUCCUACAAACAGUCAACCAAUAUCUACCCACCCUACUCAUGAUGGACAACACCCAGUGCCACAGUUCUGCUAUUGUGGCAAUAUACCUCCACACAUCCAUCCUUGUGGUAUCGAAUAUGUGUCAUAUCCUAACAAUAGCAUGUCCCCUGAAGACAGUCAACCAAGACCUGCCCACCCAACUCAUGAUGGACAACACCAAGCAUCAACUGAAGAUAAGGGACAUCAUCGAGCUGAUAGAAGCCAAAUGGAUCACAACAUUGAAGCACCGUUGCAGCCUAAUCCUCAAGUGCCCCAACCAGUUUAUGCCUAUCUUCCUCGUGAACAACAUCCAGUGCCACAGUUCUGCUAUUGUGACAAUGUACCUCCACACAUCCAUCCUUGUGGUAUUGAAUAUGUGUCAUAUCCUAACAAUAGCAUGCCCCCCACAGACAGUCAAUCAAGACCUGCCCAGCCAACUCAUGAUGGACAAGAUCCAGCAUCAGUGGAAGAUAAACGACAUGGUGGAGCUGAUGGAAGCCAGCUGCACCCAAACAAACAAGACCAGUUGCAUCCUGAUCUUCCAGUGCCACAACCAGGGUAUGUCUUUCCCCACAGUGGACAUCCUCCAGUGCCCAAACCAGGGUAUGUCUUUCAAGGCAGUGGACAUCCUCCAGUGCCCCAACCAGGGUAUGUCUUUCAUCGCAGUGGACAUCCUCCAGUGCCCCAACCAGGGUAUGUCUUUCCCCACAGUGGUCAUCUACCAAUGCCACAACCAGGGUAUGGCUUUCCCCACAGUGGACCCCUUCCAGUGCCACAACCAGGGUAUGGCUUUCCCCACAGUGGACCCCUUCCAGUGCCACAACCAGGGUAUGGCUUUCCCCACAGUAGACAAGAUCCAGCAUCAGUGGAAGAUAAAGAACAUGAUGGAGCGGGUAGAAGCCAACUGCACCCAAACAUACAAGAACAGUUGCAUCUUAAUCCUCCAGUGCCACAACCAGGGUAUGUCCUUCCCCACAGUGGACUCCUUCCAGUGCCCCAACCAGGGUAUGUCUUUCCCCACAGUGGACACCAUCCAGUGCCCCAACCAGGGUAUGUCUAUCUUCCUCAUGGUGGACAACAUCCAGUGCCACAGUUCUGCUAUUGUGACAAUGCACUCCCACACAUCCAUCCUCAUGGUAUCGAAUAUGUGUCAUAUCCUAACAAUAGUAUGCCCUCGACAGACAGUUAACCAAGAUCUAGCACAUCCCUCAAUACUAGGUUGAUCCAGAGCUGCAGAGCAAACUGUUCACCGCUUCACUCCACCACACCCCGUUCCCCACACUGGCAACCAUGGUAGCGGAAACUCUAUUGCCCACAGCCCGCAUCAGAGGUGACAAACAACCUUCCCACCCAGCACAUGCCCACACUACUGCCCCAAACAGCAACAUGCCCACACUACAACACAGCAGCAUGCCCACACUACAACACAGCAGCAUGCCCACACUUCAACACAGCAGCAUGCACACACUACAACACAGCAGCAUGCCCACACUACAACACAGCCCAACACAUCACUUAGUUUCAAAGACCAUGCACUCCACUAUCCCAAGUCAUUAUGAUGGGCAAACUUGACAUGGCCGUUAGAAUCCACAUACAGGGCACACUUCCUGCCAUGGUGACCCACUGCAAUCCCAAGUAAUGGCUCUAUCUCAAUGUUAUGGACAUUCUUCAACACCAGCUCAACAUGGCGCCCAGAAAUCCACAGACAGGGCGCACCUUUUAUCAGCAAAUGAGGACUCUGCAAGGUAUACUAAACCCCUUGAGUCUUGAGACAGGACCUCCUGAGACGGAUUAUCUACCAAAUUAGAGUCGGUGGCUCUUUAAUUGUUGCAACAGACUUGUGCUGCAAGAUCAGGGCACUCCUCAACAACUCAGAGAGCGAGAGCCACAACCCUCCAUAGAAGAGUCUGGACCUCCCCUGGUGCAUCAUCGUAGUCAGGAUUCCAAAGACUGCCUUGUUGGAACAGCAGAUGUUUUUAACGACCCUCCGCUAAUGCUCGUCCUAAUUUUGGGCCACCCACCCUGAAAAGUCCAAAUGCAAAAGUACUUUAAACCUUAUUAUGAAAUAUCCAUUUUUCAAGAGCCUCCCCAAAUAUCUGUAUUAUUUUUUAUGACCCUCCCCAAGAGACUGUCAUAUUUUGGUGACUUUCUUCACAGACGCACGCACGCACGAACGCACGCACGCACACACACACACACACACUCCCCCUCCCAAUCCUAUAGUAAGUGAGUAGUCCUUAAACUUCACGUGCUUGUUCCUUCCAGUGUUGAAAUCGGAAUUUGUUCAAGAGGUUCGAAACAGCAUUGGGAAGUUGUCAAUAGAUCCGCUUGGACUAUAUAUAAGUUGCGUCAUUUUCUAUAAUAGUAGACUUCGCUGGAGGUUGAAUGUCAGUAAAUAUGUGUUAGUUAACUGUGGAAAGUUACCUGAUAAUUGAAAACGCGAGUCGUGUACAACGACAUCUCGGUAACCGAGAUAUGACGCGGAGCCUUUGAACAUGAGAGGAAAAUACUAUUUCGUUCCCUCGAAAUUGUUUCGUUCACAGGAAUUAUCAACAGUUGCCACUGUACAAGAGGGAAGCAGGUUGGUGUAAUGUCUACAACAUGGCGAAAUCUUGUGAACGUGAACUGUUGUUUUUUUAUAGCUUUGAACAUUAAAAUCAUUAUGUAAUCUUCUAUCCUCGGUGAUUUAUGACUAUGUCCUGAAAGAAACAUUAGUAAUUAGAACUUUACUUUACGUACGUAUUGCUAUAUGUUCCAAGUGUAAAGGUCACGUAUAUUUUUCGCCAGAAGAUGUAUAACUAUUACCAAGGAAAUAAAUUAUACCUGUUACA